GAGCUGGCCAGGCAGCGCCCUCGCAGAUCUAAUGCGGGCCUAGUCCUUGGCCCCAGCGGGAGGCGCCAGGCGCAGUGGGCGGAGACCGCAGGUCGCCUUCUCUGCCGCUUAUUGGCUGCGAACGGGACCGUGGAGCCCGGCCCCCUGCGGCUCGUCUCACCAUUGGCCGGACAAGGUGUCCUUCAGGGCGGGCCGCUCAGGCAGCAGCAACCUUAGCUCGUUGUCGCCGCCGCAGCCGCUGCGCGGUCCGCUCCGCCGCGCCCGGGUGGACGCUGCCUUCUCCGCGGACACCAUGUACGGGUUCGUGAACCACGCCCUGGAGCUUCUAGUGAUCCGCAACUACGGCCCCGAGGUGUGGGAGGACAUCAAAAAAGAGGCCCAGUUAGAUGAAGAAGGACAGUUCCUUGUCAGAAUAAUAUACGAUGAUUCCAAGACUUACGAUUUGGUGGCUGCUGCAAGCAAGGUUCUCAACCUCAAUGCAGGAGAAAUCCUUCAAAUGUUUGGGAAGAUGUUUUUUGUGUUCUGUCAAGAAUCUGGUUAUGAUACCAUCCUGCGCGUCCUGGGCUCUAAUGUCAGAGAAUUUCUCCAGAACCUCGAUGCCCUGCACGACCACCUGGCUACCAUCUACCCAGGCAUGCGCGCGCCUUCCUUUAGGUGCACGGACGCGGAGAAGGGCAAAGGGCUCAUUCUGCACUACUACUCGGAGAGGGAGGGGCUGCAGGACAUCGUCAUUGGAAUCAUCAAGACAGUUGCUCAGCAGAUCCACGGCACAGAAAUAGACAUGAAGGUGAUUCAGCAGAGAAAUGAAGAAUGCGAUCAUACUCAAUUUUUAAUUGAGGAGAAAGAGUCAAAAGAAGAGGAUUUUUAUGAAGAUCUUGACAGAUUUGAAGAAAACGGUACCCAGGAAUCACGCAUCAGCCCCUAUACCUUCUGCAAAGCUUUCCCUUUCCACAUCAUAUUUGACCGAGACCUCGUGGUCACACAGUGUGGCAAUGCCAUCUACAGGGUGCUGCCCCAGCUCCAGCCCGGGAAUUGCAGCCUUCUGUCUGUCUUCUCUCUGGUUCGUCCUCACAUCGAUAUCAGCUUCCACGGGAUCCUUUCACACAUCAACACUGUCUUCGUCUUGAGAAGCAAGGAGGGACUGCUGGACGUAGAGAAGCUAGAGUGUGAGGAUGAACUGACGGGGACAGAGAUCAGCUGCUUACGCCUCAAGGGUCAGAUGAUCUACUUACCUGAAGCAGACAGCCUUCUCUUUCUGUGUUCGCCAAGCGUGAUGAACCUGGACGAUCUGACUAGGAGGGGUCUGUACCUGAGUGAUAUCCCUCUUCAUGAUGCCACCCGAGACCUGGUCCUCCUGGGGGAGCAGUUCAGGGAGGAGUACAAGCUUACCCAGGAGUUGGAGAUCCUCACGGACAGGCUGCAGCUCACGCUGAGAGCCCUGGAGGAUGAGAAGAAAAAGACAGACACACUGCUGUAUUCUGUCCUUCCCCCGUCGGUUGCCAAUGAGCUGAGACAUAAGCGUCCGGUGCCUGCCAAAAGAUACGACAAUGUGACAAUCCUCUUCAGUGGCAUUGUGGGCUUUAAUGCCUUCUGUAGCAAGCAUGCAUCUGGAGAAGGGGCCAUGAAGAUUGUAAACCUUCUCAACGACCUGUACACCAGGUUCGACACGCUGACCGACUCUCGGAAGAACCCGUUUGUGUACAAGGUGGAGACCGUUGGGGACAAGUACAUGACAGUGAGUGGCUUGCCAGAGCCCUGCAUCCACCACGCCCGGUCCAUUUGCCACCUGGCUUUGGACAUGAUGGAAAUUGCUGGCCAAGUACAAGUGGAUGGCGAAUCGGUUCAGAUAACAAUAGGAAUCCACACAGGGGAAGUGGUGACAGGUGUCAUUGGACAGCGGAUGCCACGCUAUUGUCUUUUUGGAAAUACAGUCAACCUGACCAGCAGAACAGAAACCACAGGAGAGAAGGGGAAAAUAAACGUGUCCGAAUAUACAUACAGAUGUCUUAUGUCUCCGGAAAACUCAGAUCCACAAUUCCACCUGGAGCACAGAGGCCCAGUGUCCAUGAAGGGCAAGAAAGAACCGAUGCAAGUUUGGUUUCUCUCCAGAAAACUCACAGGAACAGAGGGAACAGACCAGGUGGAUGACUGAACCUCAGCUUGUGAGACAAGGAGAAUCUGGGACUGGGUUCGCCUCCUGCUGUCUCCUGAUCCACGGGACCUGAGGAGCACUUCCGCUCCGUGUGCAGAGGUCACUGUCCUCUUUUAGUUUCCCAGCAUUUCCCCUAGAUGGGUCUUGUGCUGUCCGUUACUUAACAUUAGCUCUGCUUUUGAGUAUUUCUGUGGUUUUGGUAUAUUAUCAGAAGUUUGGCUUCUAAUGUGGGUGUUGUGAACUUCGGUGUCUUCAGCUCUACUACAGAUUUUACCUAAACUGGGCAUCAGCAAGUAGUAGCCACCCAAUAAAUAUUUGUUGUAUUAAUUAAAAUAUUUGUGGAAUUGAAUGAAACUGAACAGUAUUUGGCACUAUAUAUAUGCAUAUAUAUAGUUUACCAAAUCUGCUUUAUGCUCCAUAUAUAUAUAUAUAUAUGUAUGUGUGUGUAUGUAUGUAUGUAUAUUUUAAUGACUAUAACAUAGAACAAAAUUUAUAUCAUGUUGGUGUAUAUCAUUAUAGAAGUCAUUUUCUAAAGAAUGAGUAAUAAGUUUUAGGGAAAAAAUACAAUUUAUUUUCAGAUGUUUGAAGAAUUGAUCUACCAUGCUAAGAACAGAGUGACUAUUUUGAAGUAUGCUAAUUUCCCUCUGGAAAUACUGAGUGUGCAUUUCUGUUACUAAAGUGUUUGGUUGCUGGUGCAGGUCACAGGGCAGCUGCAAUUCCACUCACUGGUCACCGACUGUGCCGUCUCCCUCGUGGCAAUCACUGUAGCGCCCACAGUUGUUUCGCAGUGAGCUGUUAAAUUAGCUCGGGCUACUGCUAGAACCCUCAGUCACACCCAAGAGGAAAGCUGUGCCUAGAGCCACUCUUCCUGGCUUUCCUUCCCAGAAAUUAGCUUGGGAAAAUGUGAUUGUAUCCAGGGCAUCACACUCAGAAAGCUAGUUUAAUUCCAGUGCAGAAUGCAUUCCUAUUGGAAUAAUUGGCCUGUUGUUCUACAGUUGUCUCUGGUAACUUAUUGAUACUUAGAUUUAUAAAAUAUACUGCAGACAUCCUUGUGUAAAAAUGCUUGUCUUUAAAUUUAGUAUUUCAUAUCAGUAUAUCAAUAUAUGUAUAAAUGUUCCAUGUUAAUGUAUAAAAGAAUCUGCAAUAAAUUAUUUUUUUCACUUGUC